AUGAGGAAUAAUCGUACGAUCAAUCGCACAGUAGAACUUAUGCUCACCAUGUUCGGUGUCUGGCCAGGUAUAUCAUGCGUUAUAUUCUACAGAGUAUUUUGGAUGAUUACGCUAGCAAUUAAUCAAUUCUUUCACUACUCGUACUUUGUAACGCACUUUCACUUCGACAAUCUUUUCGACUUGAUGGACUGUCUGAGUAGCUUUUUGGCGCAUAUAAAACUAACCGUUAAACUUAUUAUUUUCUCGUUGAAACAACGAAAAUUCGUCGAAAUCUUGAUAACAAUGACGCAAGACUGGAAUGAUUGUGAUAACGAUGGCAUUGCAUUACGCGAAACAACAGACAAAACGAAACUAUCAAGUCGUAUUUGUAAUGGAUUAAUUAUUCUUCAUACAAUCGCCGCGUUUUCAUAUGUCAUUGGUAUCCUUCUGACCUAUGCCGAUGUCACCGAUCGAACGGUUGAACUCCCUCUCAUGAUGAAAAUGGAGUAUCCUUUCGUUAUAGACACGCAACGCAAGUACAGUUUGGUAUUAGUUACGCAAUUCGUUUUCGUGAUGGUGUGCAGUUGGGGAGCUGGUUUAUUCAACGCUCUGUUUCUAACUCUGACUCUACACGUGGGCAGUCAAAUAAACAUCCUGCUUUGCUGGUUGUCGAAACUUGGAUCCAAAGACAUCGAAGACAAGCAUGAUUCGUUCGUUUCUGUCACAACGAAAAUCAUUCAAAAACAUCAAAAAAUUAUCAAUCUUUCGGAGAAUAUUGAAAAUCUCUAUACAUAUAUCGCUUUGUUUCAAUUCACAUCAAAUAUAGUGAUGAUUUGCUCAUUAGCAUUUCUUAUUGUGACUGCAAUCGGCAGUCCCGAUGCCACUGAUCAAAUAGUGAGGUCUCUUUUAUUUUAUGCUGUAACGAAUCUCGAGGCAUUUAUAUUUUGCUUCGCUGGAGAAUAUCUGAACAAUAAGAGCAAAGCGAUCGGAAAUGCAGCGUACAAUUAUUCUGCCUGGUACGAUAUGAAAGCUAAAGAUAGUCGUGUUCUAUUAUUUAUAAUUUUAAGAUCUCAAAGACAAUUGAAGCUUACGGCGGGCAAGAUGACCGUUCUUUCCUUUGAGUGCUUUACAAAUAUUAUGAAGGCUUCAGGAUCGUAUUUAUCGGUACUACUGGCAAUGAAAUAA